GGUGAGUUGAACAAGUUCCGGAUUAUCGGGCAGUAGCGAUAUUAUUGAAAAAGCAUUGGUGAUGGUUAGGGAGACAAGCGACCUGGAGAUCGACCAUGGCAUCCUUCGCCCUGCUCCACUCCUCUCCGCCUCCUUUUUAUUCUCUGCGCCACGGCGCCAUGAACCUUCCUAGGGUUUUGAUUUCUCUCCACGGCGGCGGCAGCGGCGGACUCUGUCGUGGAUCUCCCAACCCUGGAACCACCCGCUCCGAAGAAAUAGGAACUUGCAGGGCUAGUCAAGCUGUUGACUUGUUUCCAUCUGUGUGGCCUGAAGUUACGGUUCGAGAUGCACGACUAGAUGACUGUUGGGAAGUGGCGGAUACCCAUUGUAGCUGCUUUUUCCCAGAGUAUUCAUUCCCCUUGGAUCUUGUUCUGAGGAUUGAUCGGUUUGUGGGGUUGCUUUCUGGGUUCUCAGUUCCUCCAGGUUGUAUGAGAACAUGUCUUGUUGCCGUCACUGGUAGUCCAGUCAAUGAUGACCUGUACAUUGGGUGUGAGGGUCUUAAAUUUGGCAGUUUUGAAGGAAAAUUCAGCAUUAACAGAAGAUCUGUAGCAGGAAUUCUUACAGUCGAUACAGUAGCUGAUUUCCUUCCUAGAAAGGGUCUGCUUCGCCAAAGAAGAACUGGAAUAGCAUACAUUUCAAAUGUUGCCGUCCGGCAAGGAAACCGGAGGAGAGGAAUUGCUAAGAUGCUUGUUGCAAAGGCAGAGGCCCGAGCCAGGAGUUGGGGUUGCCGGUCCAUGGCACUGCAUUGUGACAUAAACAAUUCGGCCGCUAUAAGAUUAUACAAAGGGCAAGGUUUCAAAUGCAUCAAAGUGCCAGAGAAUGCAAAAUGGCCCGAACCAAAGACUUCUCCAACCCUCCAAUUCAACUUCAUGAUGAAACUUCUAAACCCUACUACGAGUCCUUGAUCAGAACUAGUCAAAAAUCCCGGACCAAAGUCAGGGCCCUGAACUAUACCCAUGCAGUCUCGCGUCAUCGACACACACGGUGUAUACUUUCAUUGUCGCUAACAAAUUCAACCAAAUGUUACAAGUAUUUAUUCCUUGUGUAGGAUUGAGUGAUUAAAGUCUUUCAUCGUGUUGAAUUGGGAUACAAAAGAAGUUAAUUAUUACACCAUUAGGGUCGAAUUAAUUGAAAGGUUGUAAGAUCAUGGCAAAAUACUGACUGGAGAUGCAAUUUGCUAGGGAUCAAAAUCAGAUUUUCAAUCAA